CACGAUUUAUUUUUUUUUAAGCAAUAAAACAAUCAGUCGUUCAUAAAGGUUCGAUAAAUUCACAUAUAGCAAUGUCUACUACGCCAGUCCAAUCACCAAUUGCAUUGGAAAUAAGGGAAGCAGAAUUCAAGGAUGAUGCACCAGCAUUGGAAUAUGUUGGACAUUGGGAUAAAAUUGGAGGCAGUGCUGAGAUGGUUAAUACAGGAACGUCGGCUAUGAUAUUGCUACCUAAUCGUAACCGCAAACCAUACAUAACUGGAGGUCCAUUAAAUGAUAAAUACAUUUUUGAGCAACUUCAUUUUCAUUGGGGUGAUUCCAAUGAGUACGGAUGUGAACAUUUGCUAGAGGGAAACACGUUCUCAAUGGAGGGACAUUUGGUUCAUUACAACUCAAAAUACAAGAACUUUCAGGAAGCUGUCACAAAACCGGAUGGUCUAGCAGUGACAGGAUUUUUUAUUCAUGGCAUUGGCGAUAAGGAUUGUCCUGAAUUCAAGAAGAUUACAGAUGGAAUUGAACGCGUUACAAAACCCGGUACCAAAACUCGUUUGGGUGCUGAUUGUUUGUCAUUUUUAAAGCUCCAAGAGUUGAACAAACAUUAUUAUUGUUAUCGUGGUAGUCUUACAACACCACCAUAUAAUGAAGUUGUUCAAUGGAUUGUAUAUCGCACACCAAUUUAUGUAUCGGAAAAACAAAUUGCAGUAUUUAGGUCGUUAAUAUGUCAAGAUGAGACAAAGUGCAUCGUUAACAACUAUCGUGAUGUUCAGCAGCCUGUUCGUUCUCCAAAAAUUAUCUUUACUCGCAAUAUACUUAAAUCGAAAUUGUAAAAAAGAAGUAUAGCUAUGUAUGUUUUGUACGUAAAAGAGCACAAAGUACUGUAUCACAAGAAGGAAGAAAAAUUUUUAUGUUUCUGUUGCAAUAAAAACAUUUUUUUCUUCAUUCCAUCUUC